AUGACCAAGUGCUUCAACCUGAUGCUGUUCUUUGCCUCCAUCUGGACCACAAGGCUGCUGGUCCAAGGCGCUCUCAGAAUUGAAGAGCUUUCCACCUCGGGACCAUGCAGAAUUAUGGGGAUCACACUUGUGAACAAAAAGGCAAAAGAACAAUUUAAUUUCUCAGAAGCUGAGGAAGCAUGCAGGCUACUGGGACUAACUCUGGCCAGCAAAGACAAGGUUGCAACAGCACAGAAGUUUGGCUUUGAGACUUGCAGCUAUGGAUGGGUUGAAGAUGGGACCUCAGUGGUCAUCCCUCGGAUUCUCCCAAACCCCAAGUGUGGGAAGAACGGGAUUGGUGUCGUGGCUUGGAAAGUUUUAGUUCAUCAAAAGUUCAAGGCCUAUUGUUACAACUCAUCUGAUAUUUGGAUUAACUCUUGUCUGCCAGAAACUAUCACCACUGAUGAUCCCAUAUUCAACACUCAGACAUCAACAGAUGCUAAUGUUAGUGACAGCGCAUACUCAACAUCGUCCCCUUCCUCUGCCCCUGCUCUUACAACUGCUCCUGCUCCGGCUACUACUCCACGGAAGCGAAAAUUAAUUUGUAUAACAGAAGUUUACACAGAAACUAGUACCAUAGGUACAGAAAGUGAUGCAUACGAUGGAAGCCAAGCAACAUUCGAGAAAGAAGCUCCUGAGUUCGGAGGUGUUCCCACAACUCUGCUAGUGCUCGCUCUCCUCUUCUUUGCUGCUGCAGCUGGUCUCGCAGUCUGCUACGUGAAAAGGUAUGUGAAGGCCUUCCCUUUUACAAACAAGAGUCAGCAGAAGGAAAUGAUUGAAACCAAGAUGGUGAAGGAGGAGAAAGGGGAUGAUAACCCUACUGAAGAAUCACAGAAAAUGGAUAAAAAGAUAGAAGAGCCCAAGAGUCCACCAAAAACAACAGUGCGAUGCCUGGAAGCAGAAGUUUAG